CAAAGCCAUGUGGUCCAGGAUUGCUACCAUGGUGAUGGACAGAGUUAUCAAGGCACGUACUCCACCACUGUCACAGGAAGGACCUGCCAAGCUUGGUCAUCUAUGACACCACAUCAACAUAAUAAGACCACAGAAAACUACCCAAAUGCUGGCUUGAUCAUGAACUACUGCAGGAAUCCAGAUCCUGUGGCAGCCCCUUAUUGUUAUACAACGGAUCCCAGUGUCAGGUGGGAGUACUGCAACCUGACACAAUGCUCAGACGCAGAAGGGACUGCCGUCGCGCCUCCCACUGUUACCCCAGUUCCAAGCCUAGAGGCUCUUUCCGAACAAGCACCGACUGAGCAAAGGCCUGGGGUGCAGGAGUGCUACCACGGUAAUGGACAGAGUUAUCGAGGCACAUACUCCACCACUGUCACAGGAAGAACCUGCCAAGCUUGGUCAUCUAUGACACCACACUCGCAUAGUCGGACCCCAGAAUACUACCCAAAUGCUGGCUUGAUCAUGAACUACUGCAGGAAUCCAGAUCCUGUGGCAGCCCCUUAUUGUUAUACGAGGGAUCCCAGUGUCAGGUGGGAGUACUGCAACCUGACACAAUGCUCAGACGCAGAAGGGACUGCCGUCGCGCCUCCGACUGUUACCCCGGUUCGAAGCCUAGAGGCUCCUUCCGAGCAAGCACCGACUGAGCAAAGGCCUGGGGUGCAGGAGUGCUACCACGGUAAUGGACAGAGUUAUCGAGGCACAUACUCCACCACUGUCACAGGAAGAACCUGCCAAGCUUGGUCAUCUAUGACACCACACUCGCAUAGUCGGACCCCAGAAUACUACCCAAAUGCUGGCUUGAUCAUGAACUACUGCAGGAAUCCAGAUCCUGUGGCAGCCCCUUAUUGUUAUACGAGGGAUCCCAGUGUCAGGUGGGAGUACUGCAACCUGACACAAUGCUCAGACGCAGAAGGGACUGCCGUCGCGCCUCCGACUGUUACCCCGGUUCGAAGCCUAGAGGCUCCUUCCGAGCAAGCACCGACUGAGCAAAGGCCUGGGGUGCAGGAGUGCUACCACGGUAAUGGACAGAGUUAUCGAGGCACAUACUCCACCACUGUCACAGGAAGAACCUGCCAAGCUUGGUCAUCUAUGACACCACACUCGCAUAGUCGGACCCCAGAAUACUACCCAAAUGCUGGCUUGAUCAUGAACUACUGCAGGAAUCCAGAUCCUGUGGCAGCCCCUUAUUGUUAUACGAGGGAUCCCAGUGUCAGGUGGGAGUACUGCAACCUGACACAAUGCUCAGACGCAGAAGGGACUGCCGUCGCGCCUCCGACUGUUACCCCGGUUCGAAGCCUAGAGGCUCCUUCCGAGCAAGCACCGACUGAGCAAAGGCCUGGGGUGCAGGAGUGCUACCACGGUAAUGGACAGAGUUAUCGAGGCACAUACUCCACCACUGUCACAGGAAGAACCUGCCAAGCUUGGUCAUCUAUGACACCACACUCGCAUAGUCGGACCCCAGAAUACUACCCAAAUGCUGGCUUGAUCAUGAACUACUGCAGGAAUCCAGAUCCUGUGGCAGCCCCUUAUUGUUAUACGAGGGAUCCCAGUGUCAGGUGGGAGUACUGCAACCUGACACAAUGCUCAGACGCAGAAGGGACUGCCGUCGCGCCUCCGACUGUUACCCCGGUUCGAAGCCUAGAGGCUCCUUCCGAGCAAGCACCGACUGAGCAAAGGCCUGGGGUGCAGGAGUGCUACCACGGUAAUGGACAGAGUUAUCGAGGCACAUACUCCACCACUGUCACAGGAAGAACCUGCCAAGCUUGGUCAUCUAUGACACCACACUCGCAUAGUCGGACCCCAGAAUACUACCCAAAUGCUGGCUUGAUCAUGAACUACUGCAGGAAUCCAGAUCCUGUGGCAGCCCCUUAUUGUUAUACGAGGGAUCCCAGUGUCAGGUGGGAGUACUGCAACCUGACACAAUGCUCAGACGCAGAAGGGACUGCCGUCGCGCCUCCGACUGUUACCCCGGUUCGAAGCCUAGAGGCUCCUUCCGAGCAAGCACCGACUGAGCAAAGGCCUGGGGUGCAGGAGUGCUACCACGGUAAUGGACAGAGUUAUCGAGGCACAUACUCCACCACUGUCACAGGAAGAACCUGCCAAGCUUGGUCAUCUAUGACACCACACUCGCAUAGUCGGACCCCAGAAUACUACCCAAAUGCUGGCUUGAUCAUGAACUACUGCAGGAAUCCAGAUCCUGUGGCAGCCCCUUAUUGUUAUACGAGGGAUCCCAGUGUCAGGUGGGAGUACUGCAACCUGACACAAUGCUCAGACGCAGAAGGGACUGCCGUCGCGCCUCCGACUGUUACCCCGGUUCGAAGCCUAGAGGCUCCUUCCGAGCAAGCACCGACUGAGCAAAGGCCUGGGGUGCAGGAGUGCUACCACGGUAAUGGACAGAGUUAUCGAGGCACAUACUCCACCACUGUCACAGGAAGAACCUGCCAAGCUUGGUCAUCUAUGACACCACACUCGCAUAGUCGGACCCCAGAAUACUACCCAAAUGCUGGCUUGAUCAUGAACUACUGCAGGAAUCCAGAUCCUGUGGCAGCCCCUUAUUGUUAUACGAGGGAUCCCAGUGUCAGGUGGGAGUACUGCAACCUGACACAAUGCUCAGACGCAGAAGGGACUGCCGUCGCGCCUCCGACUGUUACCCCGGUUCGAAGCCUAGAGGCUCCUUCCGAGCAAGCACCGACUGAGCAAAGGCCUGGGGUGCAGGAGUGCUACCACGGUAAUGGACAGAGUUAUCGAGGCACAUACUCCACCACUGUCACAGGAAGAACCUGCCAAGCUUGGUCAUCUAUGACACCACACUCGCAUAGUCGGACCCCAGAAUACUACCCAAAUGCUGGCUUGAUCAUGAACUACUGCAGGAAUCCAGAUCCUGUGGCAGCCCCUUAUUGUUAUACGAGGGAUCCCAGUGUCAGGUGGGAGUACUGCAACCUGACACAAUGCUCAGACGCAGAAGGGACUGCCGUCGCGCCUCCGACUGUUACCCCGGUUCGAAGCCUAGAGGCUCCUUCCGAGCAAGCACCGACUGAGCAAAGGCCUGGGGUGCAGGAGUGCUACCACGGUAAUGGACAGAGUUAUCGAGGCACAUACUCCACCACUGUCACAGGAAGAACCUGCCAAGCUUGGUCAUCUAUGACACCACACUCGCAUAGUCGGACCCCAGAAUACUACCCAAAUGCUGGCUUGAUCAUGAACUACUGCAGGAAUCCAGAUCCUGUGGCAGCCCCUUAUUGUUAUACGAGGGAUCCCAGUGUCAGGUGGGAGUACUGCAACCUGACACAAUGCUCAGACGCAGAAGGGACUGCCGUCGCGCCUCCGACUGUUACCCCGGUUCGAAGCCUAGAGGCUCCUUCCGAGCAAGCACCGACUGAGCAAAGGCCUGGGGUGCAGGAGUGCUACCACGGUAAUGGACAGAGUUAUCGAGGCACAUACUCCACCACUGUCACAGGAAGAACCUGCCAAGCUUGGUCAUCUAUGACACCACACUCGCAUAGUCGGACCCCAGAAUACUACCCAAAUGCUGGCUUGAUCAUGAACUACUGCAGGAAUCCAGAUCCUGUGGCAGCCCCUUAUUGUUAUACGAGGGAUCCCAGUGUCAGGUGGGAGUACUGCAACCUGACACAAUGCUCAGACGCAGAAGGGACUGCCGUCGCGCCUCCGACUGUUACCCCGGUUCGAAGCCUAGAGGCUCCUUCCGAGCAAGCACCGACUGAGCAAAGGCCUGGGGUGCAGGAGUGCUACCACGGUAAUGGACAGAGUUAUCGAGGCACAUACUCCACCACUGUCACAGGAAGAACCUGCCAAGCUUGGUCAUCUAUGACACCACACUCGCAUAGUCGGACCCCAGAAUACUACCCAAAUGCUGGCUUGAUCAUGAACUACUGCAGGAAUCCAGAUCCUGUGGCAGCCCCUUAUUGUUAUACGAGGGAUCCCAGUGUCAGGUGGGAGUACUGCAACCUGACACAAUGCUCAGACGCAGAAGGGACUGCCGUCGCGCCUCCGACUGUUACCCCGGUUCGAAGCCUAGAGGCUCCUUCCGAGCAAGCACCGACUGAGCAAAGGCCUGGGGUGCAGGAGUGCUACCACGGUAAUGGACAGAGUUAUCGAGGCACAUACUCCACCACUGUCACAGGAAGAACCUGCCAAGCUUGGUCAUCUAUGACACCACACUCGCAUAGUCGGACCCCAGAAUACUACCCAAAUGCUGGCUUGAUCAUGAACUACUGCAGGAAUCCAGAUCCUGUGGCAGCCCCUUAUUGUUAUACGAGGGAUCCCAGUGUCAGGUGGGAGUACUGCAACCUGACACAAUGCUCAGACGCAGAAGGGACUGCCGUCGCGCCUCCGACUGUUACCCCGGUUCGAAGCCUAGAGGCUCCUUCCGAGCAAGCACCGACUGAGCAAAGGCCUGGGGUGCAGGAGUGCUACCACGGUAAUGGACAGAGUUAUCGAGGCACAUACUCCACCACUGUCACAGGAAGAACCUGCCAAGCUUGGUCAUCUAUGACACCACACUCGCAUAGUCGGACCCCAGAAUACUACCCAAAUGCUGGCUUGAUCAUGAACUACUGCAGGAAUCCAGAUCCUGUGGCAGCCCCUUAUUGUUAUACGAGGGAUCCCAGUGUCAGGUGGGAGUACUGCAACCUGACACAAUGCUCAGACGCAGAAGGGACUGCCGUCGCGCCUCCGACUGUUACCCCGGUUCGAAGCCUAGAGGCUCCUUCCGAGCAAGCACCGACUGAGCAAAGGCCUGGGGUGCAGGAGUGCUACCACGGUAAUGGACAGAGUUAUCGAGGCACAUACUCCACCACUGUCACAGGAAGAACCUGCCAAGCUUGGUCAUCUAUGACACCACACUCGCAUAGUCGGACCCCAGAAUACUACCCAAAUGCUGGCUUGAUCAUGAACUACUGCAGGAAUCCAGAUCCUGUGGCAGCCCCUUAUUGUUAUACGAGGGAUCCCAGUGUCAGGUGGGAGUACUGCAACCUGACACAAUGCUCAGACGCAGAAGGGACUGCCGUCGCGCCUCCGACUGUUACCCCGGUUCGAAGCCUAGAGGCUCCUUCCGAGCAAGCACCGACUGAGCAAAGGCCUGGGGUGCACGAGUGCUACCACGGUAAUGGACAGAGUUAUCGAGGCACAUACUCCACCACUGUCACAGGAAGAACCUGCCAAGCUUGGUCAUCUAUGACACCACACUCGCAUAGUCGGACCCCAGAAUACUACCCAAAUGCCGGUUUGAUCAUGAACUACUGCAGGAAUCCAGAUCCUGUGGCAGCCCCUUAUUGUUAUACGAUGGAUCCCAGUGUCAGGUGGGAGUACUGCAACCUGACACAGUGCUCAGAGGCAGAAGGGACUGCCGUCGCGCCUCCGACUGUUACCCCGGUUCGAAGCCUAGAGGCUCCUUCCGAGCAAGCACCGACUGAGCAAAGUCCUGGGGUGCAGGAGUGCUACCACGGUAAUGGACAGAGUUAUCGAGGCACAUACUCCACCACUGUCACAGGAAGAACCUGCCAAGCUUGGUCAUCUAUGACACCACACUCGCAUAGUAGGACCCCAGAGUACUACCCAAAUGCUGGCUUGAUCAUGAACUACUGCAGGAAUCCAGAUCCUGUGGCAGCCCCUUAUUGUUAUACGAUGGAUCCCAGUGUCAGGUGGGAGUACUGCAACCUGACACAAUGCUCAGAGGCAGAAGGGACUGCCGUGGCGCCUCCGACUGUGACUCCGCUUCCAAGCCUAGAGGCUCCUUCCGAACAAGCACCGACUGAGCAAAGGCCUGGGGUGCCGGAGUGCUACCACGGUAAUGGACAGAGUUAUCGAGGCACAUACUUCAAGACUGUCACAGGAAGAACCUGCCAAGCUUGGUCAUCUAUGACACCACACUCGCAUAGUCGGACCCCAGAAUACUAUCCAAAUGCUGGCUUGAUCAUGAACUACUGCAGGAAUCCAGAUCCUGUGGCAGCCCCUUAUUGUUAUACGAGGGAUCCCAGUGUCAGGUGGGAGUACUGCAACCUGACACAAUGCUCAGACGCAGAAGAGACUGCCGUCGCGCCUCCGACUGUUACCCCGGUUCGAAGCCUAGAGGCUCCUUCCGAGCAAGCACCGACUGAGCAAAGGCCUGGGGUGCAGGAGUGCUACCACGGUAAUGGACAGAGUUAUUGAGGCACAUACUCCACCACUGUCACAGGAAGAACCUGCCAAGCUUGGUCAUCUAUGACACCACACUCACAUAGUCGGACUCCAGAAUACUACCCAAAUGCUGGCUUGAUAAUGAACUACUGCAGGAAUCCAGAUCCUGUGGCAGCCCCUUAUUGUUAUACAACGGAUCCCAGUGUCAGGUGGGAGUACUGCAACCUGACACAAUGCUCAGACGCAGAAAGGACUGCCGUCGCGCCUCCAACUAUUACCCCGGUUCCAAGCCUAGAGGCUCCUUCUGAACAAGCACCAACUGAGCAAAGGCCUGGGGUGCAGGAGUGCUACCACGGUAAUGGACACAGUUAUCGAGGCACAUACUUCAUUACUGUCACAGGAAGAACCUGCCAAGCUUGGUCAUCUAUGACACCACACUCGCAUAGUCGGACCCCAGCAUACUACCCAAAUGCUGGCUUGAUCAAGAACUACUGCCGAAAUCCAGAUCCUGUGGCAGCCCCUUGGUGUUAUACGACAGAUCCCAGUGUCAGGUGGGAGUACUGCAACCUGACACGAUGCUCAGAUGCAGAAUGGACUGCCUUCGUCCCUCCGAAUGUUAUUCCGGCUCCAAGCCUAGAGGCUUUUUUUGAACAAGCACCUACUGAGGAAACCCCCGGGGUACAGGACUGCUACUACCAUUAUGGACAGAGUUACCGAGGCACAUACUCCACCACUGUCACAGGAAGAACUUGCCAAGCUUGGUCAUCUAUGACACCACACCAGCAUAGUCGGACCCCAGAAAACUACCCAAAUGCUGGCCUGACCAGGAACUACUGCAGGAAUCCAGAUGCUGAGAUUCGCCCUUGGUGUUACACCAGGGAUCCCAGUGUCAGGUGGGAGUACUGCAACCUGACACAAUGCCUGGUGACAGAAUCAAGUGUCCUUGCAACUCUCACGGUGGUCCCAGAUCCAAGCACAGAGGCUUCUUCUGAAGAAGCACCAACGGAGCAAAGCCCCGGGGCCCAGGAUUGCUACCAUGGUGAUGGACAGAGUUAUCGAGGCUCAUUCUCUACCACUGUCACAGGAAGGACAUGUCAGUCUUGGUCCUCUAUGACACCACACUGGCAUCAGAGGACAACAGAAUAUUAUCCAAAUGGUGGCCUGACCAGGAACUACUGCAGGAAUCCAGAUGCUGAGAUUAGCCCUUGGUGUUAUACCAUGGAUCCCAAUGUCAGAUGGGAGUACUGCAACCUGACACAAUGUCCAGUGACAGAAUCAAGUGUCCUUGCGACGUCCACGGCUGUUUCUGAACAAGCACCAACGGAGCAAAGCCCCAGGGUCCAGGACUGCUACCAUGGUGAUGGACAGAGUUAUCGAGGCUCAUUCUCCACCACUGUUACAGGAAGGACAUGUCAGCCUUGGUCCUCUAUGACACCACACUGGCAUCAGAGAACCACAGAAUACUACCCAAAUGGUGGCCUGACCAGGAACUACUGCAGGAAUCCAGAUGCUGAGAUUCGCCCUUGGUGUUAUACCAUGGAUCCCAGUGUCAGAUGGGAGUACUGCAACCUGACGCAAUGUCCAGUGAUGGAAUCAACUGUCCUCACAACUCCCACGGUGGUCCCAGUUCCAAGCACAGAGGUUCCUUCUGAAGAAGCACCAACUGAAAACAGCCCUGGGGUCCAGGACUGCUACCGAGGUGAUGGACAGAGUUAUCGAGGCACACUCUCCACCACUAUCACAGGAAGAACAUGUCAGUCUUGGUCAUCUAUGACACCACAUUGGCAUCGGAGGAUCCCAUUAUACUAUCCAAAUGCUGGCCUGACCAGGAACCACUGCAGGAAUCCAGAUGCUGAGAUUCGCCCUUGGUGUUACACCAUGGAUCCCAGUGUCAGGUGGGAGUACUGCAACCUGACACAAUGUCCAGUGACAGAAUCGAGUGUCCUCACAACUCCCACAGUGGCCCUGGUUCCAAGCACAGAGGCGCCUUCUGAACAAGCACCAACUGAGCAAACCCCUGUGGUCCAGCAGUGCUACCAUGGUAAUGGACAGAGUUAUCGAGGCACAUUCUCCACCACUGUCACAGGAAGGACAUGUCAAUCUUGGUCAUCCAUGACACCACACCGGCAUCAGAGGACCCCAGAAAACUACCCAAAUGAUGGCUUGACAAUGAACUACUGCAGGAAUCCAGAUGCGAAUACAGGCCCGUGGUGUUUUACCACGGACCCCAGCGUCAGGUGGGAGUACUGCAACCUGACGCGAUGCUCAGACACAGAAGGGACUGUGGUCACUCCUCCGACUGUUAUCCGGGUUCCAAGCCUAGAGGCUCCUUCCGAACAAGCACCGACUGAGACAGGGCCUUCUGUGCAGGAGUGCUACCACGGUAAUGGACAGAGUUAUCGAGGCACAUACUUCACCACUGUCACAGGAAGAAUCUGCCAAGCUUGGUCAUCUAUGACACCACACCAGCACAGUAGAACCCCAGAAAAGUACCCAAAUGAUGGCUUGAUCUCGAACUACUGCAGGAAUCCGGAUUGUUCGGCAGGCCCUUGGUGUUAUACGAUGGAUCCCAAUGUCAGAUGGGAGUACUGCAACCUGACAUGGUGCUCAGACGAUGAAGGGACUGUGUUUGUGCCUCUGACUGUUAUCCGAGUUCCAAGCCUAGAAGAUUCAUUCAUACAAGCACCGACUGAGCCAAGGCCUUCUGUUCAGGAGUGCUACCAUGGAAAUGGACAGAGUUAUCGAGGCACAUACUUCACCACCGUCACAGGAAGAACCUGCCAAGCUUGGUCAUCUAUGACACCACACAAGCAUAGUAGGACCCCAGAAAAGUACCCAAAUGCUGGCUUGAUCUCCAACUACUGCAGGAAUCCGGAUUGUUCGGCAGGCCCUUGGUGUUAUACAACGGAUCCCAAAGUCAGGUGGGAGUACUGCAACCUGACAGGAUGCUCGGACAAGAAUAGGGCUGUGGCCGCGCCUCUGACUGUUAUCCCAGUUCCAAGCCGAGGGGAUACUUCCAAGCAAGCACUGAUUGAUCCAAGGCCUUCAAUGCAGGAGUGCUACCAUGGAAAUGGACAGAGUUAUCGAGGCACAUACUUCACCACCGUCACAGGAAGAACCUGCCAAGCUUGGUCAUCUAUGACACCACACAAGCAUAGUAGGACCCCAGAAAAGUACCCAAAUGCUGGCUUGAUCUCCAACUACUGCAGGAAUCCGGAUUGUUCGGCAGGCCCUUGGUGUUAUACAACGGAUCCCAAAGUCAGGUGGGAGUACUGCAACCUGACAGGAUGCUCGGACAAGAAUAGGGCUGUGGCCGCGCCUCUGACUGUUAUCCCAGUUCCAAGCCGAGGGGAUACUUCCAAGCAAGCACUGAUUGAUCCAAGGCCUUCAAUGCAGGAGUGCUACCAUGGAAAUGGACAGAGUUAUCGAGGCACAUACUUCACCACCGUCACAGGAAGAACCUGCCAAGCUUGGUCAUCUAUGACACCACACAAGCAUAGUAGGACCCCAGAAAAGUACCCAAAUGCUGGCUUGAUCUCCAACUACUGCAGGAAUCCGGAUUGUUCGGCAGGCCCUUGGUGUUAUACAACGGAUCCCAAAGUCAGGUGGGAGUACUGCAACCUGACAGGAUGCUCGGACAAGAAUAGGGCUGUGGCCGCGCCUCUGACUGUUAUCCCAGUUCCAAGCCGAGGGGAUACUUCCAAGCAAGCACUGAUUGAUCCAAGGCCUUCAAUGCAGGAGUGCUACCAUGGAAAUGGACAGAGUUAUCGAGGCACAUACUUCACCACCGUCACAGGAAGAACCUGCCAAGCUUGGUCAUCUAUGACACCACACAAGCAUAGUAGGACCCCAGAAAAGUACCCAAAUGCUGGCUUGAUCUCCAACUACUGCAGGAAUCCGGAUUGUUCGGCAGGCCCUUGGUGUUAUACAACGGAUCCCAAAGUCAGGUGGGAGUACUGCAACCUGACAGGAUGCUCGGACAAGAAUAGGGCUGUGGCCGCGCCUCUGACUGUUAUCCCAGUUCCAAGCCGAGGGGAUACUUCCAAGCAAGCACUGAUUGAUCCAAGGCCUUCAAUGCAGGAGUGCUACCAUGGAAAUGGACAGAGUUAUCGAGGCACAUACUUCACCACCGUCACAGGAAGAACCUGCCAAGCUUGGUCAUCUAUGACACCACACCAGCACAGUAGGACCUCAGAAAAGUACCCAAAUGCUGACUUGAUCAUGAACUACUGCAGGAAUCCAGAUCCUGUGGAAGGCCCUUGGUGUUACACAAUGGAUCCCGAAGUCAGAUGGGAGUACUGCAACCUGACACGAUGCUCAGACACAGAAGGGACUGCAGUCGUGCCUCUGACUGUUAUCCCGGUUCCAAGCCUAGAGGAUCCUUCUAAACCAGCACCAACAGAGCCAAGGCCUUGGGAGCAGCAGUGCUACCACGGUAAUGGACAGAGUUAUCGAGGCACAUACUUCACCACUGUCACAGGAAGAAUCUGCCAAGCUUGGUCAUCUAUGACACCACACCAGCACAGUAGGACCCCAGAAAAGUACCCAAAUGCUGGCCUGACCAGGAACUACUGCAGGAAUCCAGAUUCUGGGAAACAACCCUGGUGUUACACAACUGAUCCGUGUGUGAGGUGGGAGUACUGCAACCUGACACAAUGCUCAGAAACAGAAUCAGGUGUCCUAGAGACUCCCACUGUUGUUCCAGUUCCAAGCAUGGAGGCUCAUUCUGAAGCAGCACCAACUGAGCAAACCCCUGUGGUCCGGCAGUGCUACCAUGGUAAUGGACAGAGUUAUCGAGGCACAUUCUCCACCACUGUCACAGGAAGGACAUGUCAAUCUUGGUCAUCCAUGACACCACACUGGCAUCAGAGGACCCCAGAAAACUACCCAAAUGAUGGCUUGACAAUGAACUACUGCAGGAAUCCAGAUGCGGAUACAGGCCCUUGGUGUUUUACCACGGACCCCAGCGUCAGGUGGGAGUACUGCAACCUGACGCGAUGCUCAGACACAGAAGGGACUGUGGUCGCUCCUCCGACUGUCAUCCAGGUUCCAAGCCUAGAGGCUCCUUCCGAACAAGACUCUAUGUUUGGGAAUGGGAAAGGAUACCGGGGCAAGAAGGCAACCACUGUUACUGGGACGCCACGCCAAGAAUGGACUGCCCAGGAGCCCCAUAGACACAGCAGGUUCACUCCAGGGACAAGUCCACGGGCAGGUCUGGAAAAAAAUGUAGGGACAUGGAUGAAGCUGGAAACCAUCAUCCUCAGCAAACUGUCACAAGGACAAAAAACCAAACACCGCAUGUUCUCACUCAGGUGGGAAUUGAACGAAAACACAUGGACACAGGAAGGGGAACAUCACACACCAGGGCCUGUUGUGGGGUGGGGGGAGGGGGGAGGGAUAGCAUUAGGAGAUAUACCUAAUGUUAAAUGACGAGUUAAUGGGUGCAGCACACCAACAUGGCACAUGUAUACAUAUGUAACAAACCUGCACGUUGUGCACAUGGACCCUGAAACUUAAAGUAUAAUAAAAAAAAUGU